AGCGCCUCGGAAGCGCCCCUAACAUGCGGCUGCCGCUGCUCGUGUCCGCGGGCGUCCUGCUGGUGGCUCUCCUGCCCUGCCCGCCGUGCAGGGCCCUCCUUAGACGGGGGCCCGUCCCGGGGGCCCGGCAGGCCUCGCAGCACCCCCAGCCCCUGGAUUUCUUCCAGCCUUCGCCGCAGCCUCAGCAGCCGCAGGCUCGGCCCGUCCUGCUCCGCAUGGGGGAGGAGUACUUCCUCCGCCUGGGUAGCCUCAAUAAGAGCCCCGCUGCUCCGCUCUCGCCCGCCUCCUCGCCUCCUGCCGGCAGCAGCGGCAGCCGCCUUUCGCCGGACGAGGUGGCCGCCAACUUUUUCCGCGCGUUGCUGCAGCAGCUGCCGCUGCCCCGGCGCCCGCUCGACAGCCCUGCGAGUCCGGUGGAACGCGGCGCCGAGAACGCCCUCGGCGGCCGCCAGGAGGCACCGGAGAGGGAGAGGCGAGCCGAGGAACCUCCCAUCUCCCUGGAUCUCACCUUCCACCUCCUCCGAGAAGUCUUGGAAAUGGCCAGGGCUGAGCAGUUAGCGCAGCAAGCUCACAGCAACAGGAAACUGAUGGAGAUUAUUGGGAAAUGAAACGGUGC